GAAAAGGUGGGAGGGCCGACAGGAAGAAGAGAGUGAAAACAUAAUUCAGUUUGUAGACUCCUGUAUUGAAGGGCUUUGCUGAACCGGAGGACCUGUUGUUCUGUUUUUAUCUGUACUUGGCUUAAUGAAAUUACUACAGUAUACGUUUGAUAAUAAGGAACUCGCUCUUCCAGCUGUCAUUGUGCGCAGGUCAGGUUGUCAGGGGAUUCAUUGAAGUCAGAUGGGUCAGGCACUGUGGAGGCUGCCUCCCAGACAACAGCAGCAGCUUCAGGAAGAGCUCGCUGAUCGACUGGCUGAGAGAGGAGGGGGAGGAAGACAGGAGCAAGGGAGAGAUGCAGGCUCCCAGAAAAGAGCUCCACAGCACUGCUAUCGGCCUGACAUCUAUCAUCUGCUGAGAACACGCAGUGGCGGUAAGGAACCACAUGGUUUUAUAGACUUGGAGAUGCUGCCACCUGAACUGGGCAUCACCAUACUGUCAUACCUGAAUGCUACUGAUCUGUGCCUGGCUGGAUGUGUGUGGCAGGGUCUGGGAAAUGAUGAAUAUCUUUGGCAGGGGCUAUGUAAGUCCACUUGGGGCCACUGCUCCAUCUACAACAGAAGGCUUCCUGCUGGUUUCUCAUAUAGAAGACUAUACCUACAGCUAGAUGAAGGCAGCCUGACAUUCAAUGCUAACCCACAGGAGGGUAUCAGUUAUUUCAUGUCCAAAGGUAUACUAGUGGAUCACCCCACUGAGCUGGCAAAGUUUAUUUUCUACACCAGACGGCUCAACUGGAAGAUGCUAAGGAUUUAUCUGGAUGAGAGACGGGAUGUCCUGGAUGAGUUGGUGAAGCUCCAUAACUUCAGUAACCAGUUUCUCCCCAAUGCUCUGCGGGAUUUCUUCAGACACAUCCAUGCGCCCGAGGAGAGAGGAGAAUAUCUGGAAACCCUUAUUACCAAGUUCAGCCACAGGUUUUGUACCUGUAACCCUGGGCUUGUUCGAGAGCUAGGCCUCAGUCCUGAUGCUGUGUAUGUGCUGUGCUACAGCCUUAUCUUGCUCUCCAUCGACCUCACCAGCCCACACGUGAAAAACAAAAUGUCCAAGAGGGAGUUUAUCAGGAACACACGACGAGCAGCACACAAUGUUUCGGAUGACUUCGUAGGCCACCUCUACGAUAACAUAUACCUGAUCGGCCAUGUUGCUGCAUAGCUUCAACUGUCAGCUGACCGUACUGCACUGAAAAAAUAAGAACCGGCUUCCUGUCUAAAAGUAUGGAUCACCACAGAAAUGGAUUCGAACAAUUUUUCACAUCUUACGAGGAAUACGACAGCUAAAUCUUACUGGAAAGAUCAGAAAAAGAAAUAAAAUUGUCACUCCACUGCGAGAGACACUGUGCUACCAAAAAUUAAUGUUGACUUACACAUGUGAAAGAACCCAAUUUCUUUAAAACCCAGUCACUGCAGAGGAGGAGAUUUGAAGUAGAGCCACGAAAGUACUGCACUGAUUGAAAGGGACUACUGACUGAUGGUGGAGGAAGAGAAGGAAAAGCUUCGUCUUCAGUCUGUUUUCAGAUGUCAGGGUAAUUCUGCUGAUUCCGUUUAGCUAAGCGCUGCUCGUCUCUCAGCUGCAGGAUGAAGCCUGGCUCACUCUUGUUGGUAGUGACACACGAAAUUAAAACGGAGCUAACACAGUAUCAAACAUACCAUCAGUUUAAUAAGAAUAGUAACUGUUAAGCAGUUGAGCCCAUGGUAUAAACAGUAGGCUUCAUGCAAACAUUGAUCAGCCGUAUGGACACUAUGGCUAAGUAGAUCAGUUGUAGACAGUGUUUUUGAAACUGCUUUGCUGAAUAAGCCUAAAUAUGUCUCAAAACCCUCCGAACUAUAAUUUAACCACUGGGUUCUCAUCCUGAGGCAUAAGAGUCAGUACACAUGAACACUAAACAAUGCCAUGUAACAGGGUUUUACCUGCAGUAUCUGUAACAAACAGAAGUUAUGGAGGCUAUAAUACUACUGUGGCAACGCUGGAGUCAAACAGAGGAUUCCUGCUGCAAGUCGGAAAGAUUUUCUAAUUAUAUGAAUGAAAGAAACACUCUACAUCCACAUGUAGUUUAUAAUGAAUGUGUGAAAAUAUUGUUCUUGCAGGAGGGCUGCUGUUGUAAAUUUUAAAUAUUGCAAAUUGCAAUACAGUUGAUUGUUAGUAACAGCUAAUAAACAUGCAUAUCUUUAGUUACUUAAAUUUAGUUGAAAGUGAGUAUGUGAUUUAAGAAAAUGUGUCAUAGCAGUGGCUUGGUGGUGAUGGAGAUGGAUGGCUAUUCAGAGAAAAAUAGCUCAAAUCAAGUGUAGAAGGAGAUAAUGUUAGCCAAGUCUUUUGGGAAUUUGUCUCCUGAACAGGGGUGGAAUGCCAGAACUCUGUAAAUAACAGUAAUAACAGAGUAUAAAUAUGAUUUAGGGCGUUCAUAAAACUGUGUCCUGAACAGUGCAUGAGUUUAGCCCAACUGCUACAGUUUAGUUUUAUUUCCUGAACAAAAUAAGUCUUCCACUUUGUUCUGUGACAUUAAUCACAUGUAGUGUAAUUCUGUUUUACAGUAACACCACAACCCCUGCAGAAGCAGUCCCAUGCUUUCAGAGAUCAGUGAGAAUAGAUUAGAGUGCAAUGAAGAGUAGGACUCAGUACUCUCAAGUUUUAUUUAGCUUUCUAUUUAUACUAGCUGUACAGUGUCUGAGCUGUUAUUGAUGGAUUUGUAAGGUAACACUACAAUAGGGAGGACAUAGAUUGAUUGUGGAUACAGAUACUCAUUCUACUUUUAAGUUUUGGCUUAAAACUUUACUUUCAGUUUCCAGUCCUAACUUAUAGUUAGGACUGGAUCAGGUGACCUGAACCAUCUUGUAGAUAUGCUGCAAUAUGCUUCGGGUGCUGGGGGGCUUCCCAUGAUGCACGGAGCACUUCUUCUUCACUCACCUCUUUGUUUUCACGCCAGCACUAUAUUUAAUUAUUAGCAAUGAUUAAACUCUGGUUCUCUCCCGUAGUGUGUUUCCUGUCCUGUCUCUCUCUGCUCUCUCAUCUUCUCCCUUUAUUCCCCACCACAAUACUCACUCUGUGCUCGUAGCUUCUAACAGUGAGUGCCAACAGCCAGAAUGUAGCUGCAGCUAAAGGUGAAGUAUCACAGUGUUCACUUAAUGUAACCAUAGCAACAAGACAACACAUUUUCUAUGGUUUAAUUAAGGGUUUGAUUUUAUUUUAUCACAGUGUGGGUAUUGUAAAACAGUCAAAAGAUACUGGUUUUGUUUUCUGUCCAACUCAUACUCUUCUUUAGAUCAUUAUCACUCACUCAGAAAUUUGACACGAAUGUUUAAAUUAUGAAAUCUUUAUUGUUGUUUUUUUUCUGUGUUCUUAUGCUAUGAAAGUCAAAAUGCACUGAGAACUUGUUCCAAGGAUGUGUCUUUAUGACAAGUUUCAACCAAGUUGAAAAAACAAGUUUCAACCAAGGGAGAAACUUGUGGCAUUCCCUCAGAGCAAGCGAGACAAGCAAUGCUCCUCUUGUCUAAAUUAAAACGUACGAAAGUAAAGCGAUCUCUCUCCUUUAAUAUCAGACAUGCUGUCGUGAAUCCUUAUGCUACGCUAGCGUUCUCUGUGUCCAUCUCCCAUUAACAAUGACUGAAGCUGUGCAAAGCUGAGAUGCGAGCAGGUGUUUUUCUGGUGAAUUGCACAUGCACAGCUAAAUGCACUGAGAUCAGUUACAACCUGUGCUUUGUGUGAAAACACAGCUAGCAUUACCAAGUAAAUGACAUUAAGUGAUUUAUCAAAGUAACAGAUGAGUUACCACCUUAGCAGGCGUAUAACAUAGAGUAGAUGGAGUAUGAAAAAGUAUUUAAUAACUUAAAAAGUAAACCUCUUAAUUCAGCAGAUUUUAAAAUUAUUAUUCAUAAAUUUUAACAUACCUUUAAAGACAUUUUUUUUUUUCAGCGAUACGUGAACCAAUCAUGAACCAGACACACAUUGGGUUGUCAGAUUCAGGCUUCUUCCCUAAACUUGUCCUGCAAAUGUAGACUAAUAGAAACCAAAAACCCAACAAAUACUUAAUAAACACAGCUAUGAAAAACCUGAUGGGGAUCAGAUAGGAGCAAUGAAGAAUCUAACCACUUUGCUCCACGUUCUCAAGGUUUCUAAUUGAGCAGCAAGCUAUCCGCAACUAAUUAGCAUUUAGAAUAAAUGAGAGAAGGGCGAGAGCAUGAUAAUGGGAGUGACAAUAAAAAAUACAACAGGACAGUGAGUGUACAAAGGCCCUGAGGUCACGUGCAACACUUCUUUGUGUAUAAAAACUGGUAAGAACCAGAAAAGGUUAGGUUUAGAUUUCUGCAAGGUUGUCAUUUUCUGUUAAGCAAAGCUCAGGCUUCAGUUAAAGUUAACCUUAGGAUAUGUGGUUGUUAAGUUCAUGUUAUUUUGAGCUGACUCAUUACACCAGCUUCUUCUUCUUCUUCAAACUCUAAAAAUAACUGGAGUGUGUAAGAGUGUUCAUAUUUGAGGUAAAACAUUCAAUCUUGUCCAGACAAAAUACGACUCCAGAUACUUGAUGUGUGUGAUUCAGAGACAGACGUAGAACAACCUGUCCCCUGCUGGUAUUUGUUUUAUGCAUUGCAAAUGAUUAAAUAUCAGGGGCUAGAGACACAUUCCCAUCCAUACAUACAUGUAGGCACACUUACUGCUGUGCAUGUUUGACCAUAUUCAUACAGUGCCAACACAACUGAUUGCUAAAAGAAUGAACUUAAUGUUGUCGUCAGCUGUGUUACUACUGGAAAUGCUUGAAAAUUGGACCCUUUUUAAAACGUGGAUAAUACAGCAUUUAAUUUACAGAAAGAAUGAAUUAGGAAUUUGCACUAUUUUUCAUGAAAUUAGUGUUUCAGUAAUAUGUCACUGAAAACACAAAUGCACCCACAUCAGAUGUAAUGUAAGCAAAUGGUUGUCUUGAACAGAUUUGCGUAUGACACACUAAAUUAUUUUGUUUAAAGCCAUGUUUACUUAUUUUUGUAUUACAUGAGGCACUGAAUUUGUCAGACUCCAGUUAUAUAUUAUACCUUUAGAAGGAAAGAUGUUUACAGAUGAUGUCAGAUAAUGUGACAUUGUGUGGUGUAAUGGCUCAGCUUUUGCUGAUGAUUUUGACCCAAACGUGUCUCGAGGCUUCCAAACGAUCUGAAACUCAACUCCAUGGUGACAUCUGCUGGCCAAUUUGGCUAUCGCCACAUCAUGAUUAUGCUGUUCUGUGAAACGAUGAUGCAGACAAGCCCAGCGCAAUUCGAAAUAAAACUACUUGUUAUUCAGACUGUCAGUAAUGGUGAUCAACAUGUGUUGGAGAC